AUGGUCUACUUUGGUAGUGCACCGGAGUCGUUCGUCAUACCAUCAUCAGUGUUAUCGACCGAUGGCAGGGUCGCACCGGGGAGAUAUAGCCUGCUCCAGCCUACCUCAACUAGACGUAUCAGCUUGGUUCUGAAGAAGUAUCACGAUGAUAUAGACCGUAUCAUCAGUUUCUUCCCAUCAGUUGAGAGGCUGGAUGUCUACACCAACUACUCUUGCAUCGACAGUGUUAGCAAGUACGUUAUACAGUUCAAGACAUUGAAUCUCGAGGCAGUGGCAACACUCACUACCUUCUUUGACUGGAAUGAUCAGGUCGAGUUUCUGGGUGAGUCACAGAAGCUCUCAAUCACACUAAUGGACUAUGAUUACUGCCAGAUGUAUCAAGAGUUCACACCCUUUCACUACCCCAGUCUGCAUGCUGACAUUAUUAGUAUUGGCAAUAGUCUCGAGGCAAUCGACCUGGGUAAGCACUCUGUCGACCCACCGACACUAACCAACAUCGUUAGACAAAGUACCAAUAUCAAAUCGAUAGUUGCCAUGUUGGACUUUGGUCAGAGCACAAGCCAUUCUGGAAUUGAUGGCGAGACCAACAUUGAAAGACCUGAUCGUCAACUCGAAUAUGAAGCUCUGUGUAUGGCCAUUAUGACCUCACCUCGACUUAAGAAGUUGACUUUGCGGAGUCAAAAAGACUAUUAUACACAAGACAUCGUGCUGCCUCACGACUUUAACAAGUUUCAAUCAAUGUUUGUCAUGGCAUUGGACAAUGCGAGUCUAUCCUAUUUACACCUGUACCAGCUCCCAUUGGUAGAUUCACGCUUCUUUAGUCGGAUGUUGGAGCAGGGAAAUAAGUCGUCAAUCCGUACUCUCCUGCUCGAGAACUCAAUCGAUGGUUCCAUAAAUUGGAACCAGUUUGCCGACCUGCUAUCGUCCACACAGACCUUGCACACAUUGGCCAUUGUGGAUCCUUGGACGAUCAAAGAUGUCAUUGUCUCAGCGUUGUCCAAUGGCAACUCUAUCGACCACUUGUACUUCUCACCCAACGUAUCUGACUCCAUUCCAAACAAAGGAGAAUACCCAGCACUCCAAAGGAUCAAAUACUCAUUCUUUCUCUGA